CGAUAAAAUCUGCGGUCACACUGAUUCACUCGAAGCUGAAAUCAAAAUUAAAAAAUAAUUUAAAAAGUGCGUAUCCACUGCUAGAAAGCGUUCUCUUCUAACUGUGCUUCUUCCCCGUGCCGUGCCCUGCCACAAGUACCUCUCAAGUACCGCGCGUUCAGUAGAUCGUUGAGUCGACAAUGGACAACGACCACUACGACCAUCCAAACUUUUCCUCGGACAGCAGCAGCACGAGCAGUGGGAGCAGCAGGAACGCAGUAGCAGCCGCAGCAGCCGCAGCAGCCGCACCAGUAGCAGCAGCGGUAGAAACAACAGCAGCAACGGCAACCACAGUCGGGGGCUCCCAUGAGCCCAUGAGUGAAUCUUCCUCUCCUUCCUCCUCCUCGUCCGUCCCCCAUCCCCAGUCAUUCAGUGCAGCCAUUUUAUUCAACAUUGAUACAGAAGAAGAUGAAGACGAAGGUCACGACCAUUCAUCGCAUGAUCAUCACUCUCCUACUCCUCCUUUUCACCAGACUGCACCGCAACCCGCAUUAGAGCCACUACUGGAGCCAGAGCCCGAGCAGCAGCAGCAGCAUCCAGAAAUAGAAAUAGAGCCAGAGCAGCAGCAGCCACUACUGGAGGACGGGGACUCCGAUUCGGAGCGAGAGCGAAGUCCACAACAGCAGCAGCAGCAGCAGCAGCCUGUGGGCAUAGUCGCCAACGCGAUUGCGGAUACCAUUGACGCCGGUGCCAUUCCCAACGAAGCCGUGGAGCGCAUCGACGAUUUCGAGGACGACGACGACGACCUCGACGAGGGCGACGACGCUGUCUCCGCUCCCCGCGAUAUCGACGACCAGGCCCCCUCGACAUCCGCUGGCAGCCAGCGGCUGAGCUCGGUGGCCGUCCUGCCGACCCACUCUUCUGCCGCUAUCACCGCUGGCCAGAGUGCGAGCCGUGCCUCCCUGAACCAACAGUUGGGUACCCCGCCCUCUGCCCCCGGUACUCCAGCCGACGACGCCUUCGACGAUCAGGAAAACGACAACAAUAACAACAACGCGGCCGCAGCGAGACGCACUCGUCAUUUUUACAGCAACAACGGGAGCCGCUUCACCAACGACAUGUUCCCCGGCAACUGCCCCCAGAAGAACUCGAAUCAGAGCUCGCCCCGCUCCGGCAGAGGACGUCACCCGCCUACACAGCAGGGCGUGGAUCCGCUUCGUCUACUCUAUCCCAAUGUGAACGAGACCGAGACUCCGUUGCCGCGCUGCUGGAGUCCUCAUGACAAAUGUCUGUCGAUAGGACUGUCGCAGAACAAUCUGCGCGUUACCUACAAAGGCGUGGGCAAACAGCACAGUGAUGCCGCCUCCGUGCGAACCGCCUACCCCAUCCCAUCCUCCUGUGGGUUGUACUACUUCGAGGUGCGCAUCAUCUCGAAGGGCCGCAACGGCUAUAUGGGCAUCGGCCUGACUGCCCAGCAGUUCCGCAUGAACCGCUUGCCAGUAGGAUGGGACAAACAGUCGUACGGUUACCAUGGCGACGACGGCAAUUCGUUUAGCUCCUCGGGCAACGGCCAGACCUACGGACCGACCUUCACCACCGGCGACGUGAUCGGCUGCUGCGUGAACUUCGUGAACAACACUUGCUUCUACACAAAGAACGGCGUGGACCUCGGCAUCGCAUUUAGGGACUUGCCGACAAAACUCUAUCCGACAGUGGGUCUGCAGACGCCCGGUGAGGAGGUCGAUGCCAACUUUGGCCAGGAGCCGUUCAAAUUCGACAGAAUCCUCGACAUGAUGAAGGAGAUGCGCGCGAAUGUUCUGCGCAAGAUCGACAGAUACCCACAUCUGCUGGAAAAGCCGGAGAACCUAAUGAAUCGGCUGGUCUCCACCUAUCUGGUGCACAACGGCUACAGCAAGACGGCCGAGGCCUUCAACGGCUACACGAAUCUGCCAUUCGAAGAGGACUUGGCCUCCAUCAAGACGCGACAAAAGAUCAUUGAGCUCAUACAGACCGGCAAAAUGAGCCAGGCCAUUGAGCACACGCUGCGCUCGUAUCCCGGCCUGCUCGAGGCCAACAAGAAUUUGUGGUUCUCUCUGAAGUGUCGUCAGUUUAUCGAAAUGAUCAACGGAGCUGACAUCGAGCCGGGCAACAAUAAAGUCACAGCCACGACGCAGACCAUGCCCACAAAUCAGACCUCUGUGAUACAGUCAACCAAGGCGUUCAAGCACAGCAAGGGGGGCAGCAGCCACAGCCACAGCAACAGCCAGAGCAACCAGCCAACACAACAGAACAACACUGCGAUUCCAGCUGUGAUAAAACUAGAGGGCGGCGAAAAGCAAGAUCUGAAAAACAUGGUCAUGGACGACAACUCCAACAAGUGCGCGGAGCACGACACCAACAGCAUGGAUGUGGAGAUGGAACCGUGCCAGAGCCACUCUAACGGCAGCGGCGACUCCUGCUCCAAUGGCAAUGCCAAUGCCGACACCAGUGCCAGUGGAGUGCGCCACUCUUUAGAUGCCAUCGACGAGGAAAUGGGUAUAGAAAUAGAAAAAUCAGAAACCAGAAAGAGAAUCAAGCUAAUCAAGGUUGCCCAAACGCACCCAGAUGUAGACGUUUCACCGUCAUCUCGCAGCUCUGGUCGUGUCAUCGAGAAGAUACUCGAGUUUGGCAAGGAGCUGUCCAGCAUGGGCCAGCAGCUGGAAAAGGAUAACCUCAUGACCGAGGAGGAGCGUCAAAUGUUGGAGGAUGCAUUUAGCUUGAUUGCCUACUCAAACCCCUGGUCCAGUCCGCUCGGCUGGCUCUUGUGCCCCUCGCGACGUGAAAACGUCUCCACCACGCUCAAUUCGGCCAUAUUGGAGUCCCUUAACUUUGAGAAACUUCCCGCGCUGGAAAUCCUGGUGGCUCAUGCAUCCGAGCUAAUCAAGGUGAUCGGGCAGCACUCGCUGGGCGAAGAUGCUUUCAUUACCAUCGACGAUGUGUUCCCGCAAAAUUGACCCAGUUCGCCGACGCUGCUGAAGA